AUGUCCUCCUCUGACGGUGACGGCCCAUCGCAGGCGCUGGUAGAUCACCUGCAGCACGUUCAGCAGGUCGACGAGAAGAUCUAUCUCGGCAUUCAGAUAGCUGGAGGACAUAUUCUUCUCCCUAUCCUGGUCCUCACAAUUCUGUUCUCUCGGAAAGUUGUGUACCGAGGGCGAAGUACAGAUGACUUACUCUCUUUGAACCCAUCGUAUGAUCCUUGUCUCAUCCAAGCUGCGCUGCUAAACGGUGUGCAGGCUUUGACAGCCUGCACAAACUUGGCCCUCGUGAUAUAUCUGUGGUCGCUGCUCCGAUCAUUUACGAGUUCUAAACAGGGACCCGUGAAAAGCGGUUUCUGGACGAAAAGCCGCAAGGACCUGUUGUACACAUGCGCGCUCCUUGGGUUCCCAUUUGCGGUCUUUGUCACGUUCACUGUGUACUCAGUCGUGAACGCGGAUUUCACGCAUUCAUUGGCCCCGGGAUUGAAGAUCCUGCGAGCAGUCCUCACUUUCACAUGCCUCAUAUCGCUCAUUACAGUCGGCUUUGAAGAUUUACUGAAGCGUGCUAGGCAGAUUCUGACACACUAUUGUGCUAGUUUGAACGUAGCAAUCAUCGUUCAUCCGGAUGAAAUCUUGCUUGUGGGCAUUUCGCGGAACAACUUGUUCAACGGCGUGAUUGAUUAUUUCCAGGCCGCAAUCCCGCUUGUCGCGUUCCUUGUCUUUGCAACAGAGAAGGACGUUCUUGAUACGUGGGUGUUCUGGAGAAAGGCCAAAGGACAGCCAGAAGAGAAGGUUUCCCCUGAAAAAGAGAGUGCCUAA